CAUCUCCCUCCCUCGCUGCGCCUAGUGAGAGUGAGAGAGAGAGAGAGAGAGAGCGAGAGAGAAGAAAAGAAGCAGUUUAGCACCACCUGAAGAAGGUCCACAGCAAUACCCUAAAACCUAAAAUCUCCCAGACUUCUGCUCUAGGGCUUCACACUUUCCCAAAAUGGAAGGCGACGACGAGACCUCAGGCCCAAUGAUUGACGACGAGAUCUACGCCAACGGCGUUGGCGGUGACGACGAGAAGCGCAGCAGACCAAUCAUCAGCAGUGAGCAACUCGACGUCGAGGCCUACGCUAGCCUCUACAGCGGCCGCACGAAGAUCAUGCGGCUGAUUUUCAUCGCCAACAAGAGCAAGAGCAACCAGGCCAUGGAGUUGGAGGCUCUGCGCAUGGCCUACGACGAAAUCAAGAAGGGAGAAAACACCCAGUUGUUCAGAGACGUCGUGCAGAUGAUCGGUGGGAGAUUGGGACCCGACUAUGCGAUGGACUUGGCUUGGUGUGAGAUGGUGGAUAGGAGGGCCGACCAGAAGAAGGAGAAGCUCGAGAACGAGCUCAAUGCUUAUAGGACAAAUCUUAUCAAAGAAAGCAUAAGAAUGGGUUACAACGAUUUUGGAGAUUUUUAUUAUGCUCAUGGUCAACUUGGGGAUGCCUUUAAAAAUUAUGUUCGUACUCGUGAUUAUUGCACUACAGCAAAGCAUAUUGUUCAUAUGUGCAUGAGUUCAAUUCUGGUCAGCAUUGAGAUGAGUCAAUUUGCUCAUGUCUCUAGCUAUGUUAGCAAAGCAGAACAAUCACCAGAAGCCCUUGACCCAGUUACUGUUGCAAAACUUCGUUGUGCUGCUGGAUUGGCUCACUUGGAAGCUAAAAAAUACAAGCUUGCUGCUCGUAAGUUCUUGGAAACCGGGCAUGAAUUGGGAAACCACUACAAUGAAGUGAUUGCACCUCAAGAUGUUGCAACAUAUGGUGGGCUUUGUGCACUUGCAAGUUUUGACCGAAUGGAACUGAAGAACAAAGUUAUAGACAACCUGAACUUCCGGAAUUUUUUAGAGUUAGUACCUGAAGUAAGGGAGCUUAUCAAUGACUUCUACUCAAGCCAUUAUGCUUCGUGUCUGGAUUACCUUGGGAAUCUCAAAGCAAAUCUGUUGCUUGACAUCCAUUUGCAUGACCACCUCGAGACACUCUAUGGUCAAAUCCGCCACAAGGCUCUCAUCCAGUAUACGCACCCCUUUGUGUCUGUAGAUUUACACAUGAUGGCCAGUGCUUUCAAAACUGAUGUUUCAGGGCUAGAGAAAGAACUUGAAGCUUUAAUCACUGACAACCAAGUUCAGGCUCGAAUUGACUCACACAACAAAAUUCUAUAUGCACGACAUGCGGAUCAAAGGAAUGCAACUUUCCAACGGGUGCUUCAGACGGGCGAUGAGUUUGAUCGGGAUGUUAAGUCAAUGCUGCUUAGGGUGAAUCUUAUCAAGCACGAAUACAAUCUUAAGGGAUCAAGGAAACCCUGAAUUUAUUUUUAGACAGUGUUAGUCUGGCCAGGGUUUGCUUGUGCUCUUUUAUUUUUUACAUUCAUCUGCUUGGUCAACUAGCACGGCGGAGGAUUUGACAAAUCUAGAAGACCAGGAUGCAAAUUUAUGCGACAAUUACCAAUGUUAGAUGGUUGCUGUCUUGUAUAUUCACAGAUUUUUAGUUUUCAUCUUGAUUCAGUUGCAUCAUUUAUUCAGAUUAUAUUCUCGCAUCCUUUGCUUGCUGCUA